GAGUGUGUAAUAUUUAUUUAUUUGUUUAUAUGGAAAUGCAUACGAUAUACAAAAUGAUGAAUAAAUGUUAAUUAUGUAACAAUAUAUAAUUUUCUUAAAUAAAAUAAACGCAUUAAAUGAAAAAUUAUUAAUGUUACGAGCAGUUUGAAUGAUCAAGAUAGGUUUCAUUGAAAGAUCAAGAUAAGAUUUAUUGAUUAAGGGAGAUUAAGUUAUCAUUCCAUCAAUCUGAAUAUUCCAUAUGGAACAUUUAAUUUCCAAAUUGUGCAUAUAUGGAAUCUCAGUGAUCGCUGAUUAUAUAUUGAAAUCUAAUAAGAAUUGAAUAUCCAAAUUAAUUCUAUUGUGAUCUAACAAGAUUGCUCCUUUGUGAAUUUGCAAAUCUGAUAUUAUACAUAUAUUUUUAACAUCUGUGAAAUCAUGUAUAUUAAUGUUACUUUUUUCAAACAGAAAAUAACCAUUUUUCAAAUUAAAAAUUAAACACAAAAAUAUUUAUUAUUCGAUAUACAUAUUUCGUUUAAAAAUUUAAAAUAGUUCAUUGUUCUGCCCCCUAUUGACGAUAACGUACAUUGAUUCUAAAUUACCUUACAAAGUUACCUUACAAAGUUAAAACAGAACAAUUUCUUUAUAUCUUAAUAAUUUUAAUAUUCCAUCUAACUAAUUAUUAUUAGAAAUUUUAAUUUUAAUUUUUUAUAUUUAUUUUAUUAAUUAAAAAAUAAAUAAAAAAUAAAUCAUAUCGCAUAAAAAUAAAAAAAUACUAUUACUAAUGAUAAUAUUAAUCAUGAACAAUAACACUAUUUUAAAAAGAAGUUAAUAAUUUAAUUUUUAAAAUUAAAAAAACUAAAAAGUUAUUAAUUAAUAAUGUAUUAAUAAUAUGUUAACGAUUUAAUAAUAUAAUGAGAAAUAGAAUGAUAUAUUCAAAUCGAAAUUCAAAUUUCCCGCGUAAAAAAAGAGCAUUGGUACAAUUUCACAACCUCGAUCUGUUUCGAUGUCUCGAGGUGACUUAAAUGGCCUUCAGGUCGAGCCUUGAGGCUAGUCAGUAUUUUCGCUGAGCUGGGUUGUUGUUUACAUCCCGUAGCCGCUCUUCGUACGGCCAUCCCGUGCGCGAGGGGAGCGGCAAAAAUUCUUGUGUAAAAUUUAUUGUCACUAAGUAACUGUUAUUAUUGCCUAUUCUUUCUCUUAUUAUUAUUCGAUUAUUAAAUCCACACGGAACAAUUAGUAAACACGAUGAAGGUAACGGUAACCACACUCAGCGACGACAUUUUCGUGCUGGACGUCAUCGAGGAUAUGGAGCUGGAGAGUUUCAAGGCUCUGUGUGAGAUUGAAAGCAACGUUCCAGUCCACGAGAUGGUGAUCGCUUUCAAUGGUCUACCAUUGAUGAACGACAAGAAAUCGCUGAAAGAUCACGGGAUCCGAGACGGUGACGUGGUGAUUUUGCAACACAUGCAUCAGAGCGGGGCCGAAUUGAACCUUCACCCCUUUAAUGGAGCUAUUCCCAUGUUGGACUUCAGUUCCAUCACAGUGCCAGGAGCAUCCAAUAGUCGACAACCAUCAGCUUCCAGCAGUACUAUAGCAAGAAUGCAAAACCCUAGAAAAGAGGAUGAUCCAGAAAUAAUACGAGAUAUGUUCUUAGCUAAUCCGGAUCAAUUAGCAUUGCUUAGCCAGAAUAAUCCUAAACUGGCUAGUGCCUUACUAUCUGGUAACCUUGAAAAAUUUACCACUGUACUUAGAGAGCAAAUAAAAUUGAGAGAAGAACGUGAAGCACAGAGGUUAAGAAUGAUGAAUGCAGAUCCAUUUGAUACAGAAGCUCAAAGGUUUAUUGCAGAGGAUAUCAGGCAAAAAAAUAUUGAAGCAAAUAUGGAAGCUGCAAUGGAGUAUAAUCCAGAGACAUUUGGAUCAGUUGUUAUGUUAUAUAUUAAUUGUAAAGUCAAUGGAUUCCCAGUUAAAGCAUUUAUUGAUACAGGUGCACAAUCAACUAUAAUGUCCGAUGCAUGUGCCGAAAGAUGCCAUAUAAUGCGAUUAGUUGAUUCAAGGUGGGCUGGAAUAGCUCAUGGUGUUGGAACUCAACGGAUUAUUGGACGUAUUCAUAUGGUACAAAUUCAAAUUGGAAACGACCAUUUAACGACAUCGUUUACUGUGCUUGCGGAACAAAGCAUGGAUAUGUUACUUGGUCUGGAUAUGUUGAAAAGACAUCAAUGUUGUAUAGAUUUAAAAAAAAAUGUGUUAAAAAUUGGUACUACUGGUGCAGAGACUCCAUUUUUAGCAGAAGGGGAAUUGCCAGAAUGGCUCAGGUUAAGCGGUUAUAGCGAUGCGAGUAAUUACGAUGUGGAAGAUGAUAAAAACAAAAAAGAAUCUCAAAGGGCAUUAGAGCAUGGUUCUAGAGAUGCAAAAAAACAACGUCGGCAACCUGAUGGCCUAGAAAGCAAUAAUUCGAGUGGAACAUCAAGCAGAUCAGGCCCUAUAGAAACCACAGUUUUUUCCCAUGAUCCAUUCACAGAGGAGACAGUAAAAGAAAUCGAAUCUCUAGGAUUUAACAGAAUAGAAGUUAUUGCGGAAUUACGUAGAUUUAAUGGAGACAAAACUCAAGCCACGGACGCAUUGUUCACAAAAUCCUUAAGACUUUAAAGCAAUAAAGGGAGGAAAAAGUAUUGUGAAGGUUUCCAUGUUUGUGCAGUAAAGUUUAGACAAAGAAGAUUUGUACUUGAUUUUUAGGUAAUGACUUUUUACAUCGAUUUUAUAAAUUUUGAUGUAUUGGAAACCGCACAAUCAAAACUCAUCGCUCAGGCAAGCACUCGUUUCUCGACAUUUAGUAUGAAAUCGUGUUUGGAUUUUAUUUCAUGGAACAGCUAUAUAGACACAAUAUAUCAUUUUAAUGACAAAUGAUUACUUACUAGCUACAUCUUUUUUUUUUAAUUAGAUUACAGAAAUUUGUAACAUGAUUUGAAUCUAUGAAAUUAAAAUACUUUGAUAAUCUAAUCUAUCAUUAGCGCAAUACAUAAAUUUAGGAAUCAAUACAUGAAUGAAUUAAAAGAAAGGUUAAUAAUAGGAGUUAAUAAUAAGCUUAUUGUUUUUUGUGAAAAUUUUGCGUUCAUAGAUAUUUUACAAGAAUUUUUUACUAGAUUAGAAAAACAAACGGAAAUAGGCACUUAAGAAGAUAAUAUUUUAUUGAAGAAAUAUAUCACACGAUUUCACGAAUAUUUCGAGCUUCGCGAAAAGUUAGCUUGUAAACUUUCAAAAAUAUUAAGUUCCUCCAUUGUAAUUUUAUAAUUUACUAAAAAAGGAUUUUUUGUAACGUAAGUUAAUCAUGUCGACAUAUCGACCAAUUUAUAAAGAUUUUCUAAUUAUUUUCUCUUUUUUUAAAGGAGCAAACAUUAUAGACAAAAAAAUAUGAAUUUAUAAAAAUAGAACUUAUAAAUUUAUAAGAAUUUUUAUUGUUUCGUUUUUAUAAAUAUUCUAAUCGAAACUAUAAAAAGAAUGUGAAUUUUGUAUCGUUACUAUCUAUUUAGGGUAUAUGGUAUUUUUCUGUAUUUUCUUUAUAUUAUUAUAUCGAUAAAAAGAAAAGAAAAAAACAUGUAACAAACAAGAUUCACUAAAGUUUUUUUUUUUUUACUC